AUGCACAUUCGAAAAGGAGCAUUAAUACUGAAAAGCUUGGCCUUGAUUGAGGUGACAUCUUCACUGAUGGUGCCAAUCAAACGACGUCAGCUUCGUACUACAUUUCAGCGCACCUUUACGACUCAACGAUUGGCAUCCUCCCCACUGGGUGGUGAUUUUGCUGGUUUGGAUGCCACCUUUGAUCCCAUUGAUGGUAGUUUCAUUCCCAUUCCCGUCCAUCUUAUGGAUGCCUCUUUGCUCGAAUGGGGUCAAGAACCAAAGUGUUUGGAAACCUUGGUCAGCGAAGACCUCAUGGAUGACAUGAAAAUGGAGCGAACUAGCAUCGUCGUGUUGCCGGCCACCGGUUGCGGAGUGGACAACUUGGAGACCAUGAAAAAGAGUGAAACUUUGGAUAUGAAUGAAAAAGACGUUAAUGGCGACGUGAUUGGUGUACAGUACGAAUCUUCCUCUGGUGAUCAUGAUAAUAAGUCGUACCGGUUAGAGUCCAUUUUUGGAAUGGACGAGGGGUAUCGAAUGAGGGUGGUAUUGGAUCUAAUUUCGUGCAAGGAGAAAUUGUUCACUGUCAAGUCCCCCGUCCAUUUGCAUUACGAGCGACGAACCAGUGACGAGUCUACUGGUGGGACCCGUGCCGAUGGUGGUGGAUUGGAUGGUCGAACCGUGUCGGGUUUGUUGGGACCCGAGCUUUCGAAACAAAAAUCCUUUGCGGAAGAUACCCCACGGGAACAAAGCUACAUUGAAGAUGGUGUUCAUCAUCUCGGCCUUCCUGGAAAUGUGACAAUAAGCUACAGCUCCAUGACUCCCAACAGCUGGACUUGUGACAUCUGCCAUGAGCUCGAUGACAAGAUUCGAGGAGUGACAACGGCUGCCCUUCAGUUUGGAGGUGGUGAUGCUGACUUUAUGGUGGAAGCCUGGGAAGGAGCACAAGACUAA